AUGGGCGCAAAAUCAGGCGUAGCCCUCAAGUUCCUACAAUGGUUCAUCAGAGGCGUGCAGCUCCUCAGCGCGGCACUCAUCCUCGGCAUAUACGCCUACUUCCUCGCCGCCCUGCAUAACCACAACCUCCCCAUCGACACGUCCGUCCGCGCUGUGGCAGGCAUAUCUGGCUCGGCGGUGCUGUACACCCUCAUCGGGCUGCUGCUGCUGUGCUGUGUCGCCGGCCUGACGUUCACGUCCUUCAUCGCUAUUGUGCUGGAUGUGUGUUUCAUAGGCUGCUUCAUCUACGUUGCUGUUGUGAAUAAGCACGGCGCGGGCAGCUGCACCGGCUAUGUGGACACGCCGUUUGGUCAGGGACAGUCUGGCGAUCAAGCUACGGGGUCGGAUGGAUUCACUGCGCUGCCUAGUUUCCAUACCGCGUGUCGACUGCAGACUGCGUGUAUGGCGGUUUCUAUUAUUGCAAUCUUCUUCUUCAUCUUUUCUAUCCUCAUGGAGGUAGCACUCGCGAGACACCACCGCAAGGAGAAGCGCUUCGGUCCCUCUCCCGGCAACAACUACACAUCUGGGUAUGCAAAGGGCGGGUUUUUGAGCCGUUUCCGCCGCAGGAAGGACGAGGUCGAUGAGUCGAAUCGGCUGCCUGAGCAUACGCACCCUGAUCAGUUGGAUGGGCGGCAGAGCUACGGGACGGAGACGACGGCCGUGGGGUAUGAUGGUCGCGGCGCGAGUGGCGAUUAUCACAAGCAGGAAGCUGGGUAUGGGUUCCAGAAUACAGGGACGUAUGGUGGGCUGCAGGGACAGCCUCAGACCCAGGUGCCGCCGAAGAAUUAUAGAUACGGGGAUGGCAUCUACGAGGCUCCUUAG